CUACUGGGGAUGUGCUGGCAACCAAGGUACAUGCCCUUGGCCGGAAUCAAACCUGGGACCCUUCAGUCCGCAGGCUGACGCUCUAUCCAAACCGCUCAGGGCCGCCGGGCCGUCUUAUUCCCACGAACCCAGCACGCAACAACACCGGCAAAACAGUCCCAUGGCCCACAAAGGCGGGCCCGCCCCCCGCACGCCGGAAGGAGGCGCGUUCUGGGAGGCAGCGCUGCAUGCUGGGAUCGGUGGUCCACGGCGCGACCUCGGCCGAGGCGGCUUUCUCGCUCCCUUCAGCCCGCAUAACCCGCGAGUCCAAGCGGUUCCGACGCCCUGGCCCGACCCGCACAGGCCCAAGGACAAGACGCCCGCCAGCCUCGCCAGGGGUGAACCUCGGCAGGAACAGUUCCGGGCACCUUCGGCCCGGAAGGAGAAGUGCCGCCGGGGCGACGGCGCGCGUCGCGAGAGGCGAGCUCGGAAGCCACGCCCUCGGGAGCUCGGCCCACCGAGCGGCGGCGCUCCGCGGCGUCCGCGCAGCGGCUCUGACACGGUGGGGAGUCUGGCGGAGCAUUGGAGCGUCGGCCAGCCCGGGGACCGGCAGCCGACUCGGUCCCUCGCGGGGCUGCGCUCCCCCUGGGCCCCGCUCGGCGCUGGGGCGCGGGCUGCAUAUGGGAGCCCGGGGCGCCCAAGAUGCGUGCACCGGCCAGGGAGCUCUUCCGGGACCCCGCCUUCCCUGCGUCGGACUCCUCGCUCUUCUCCAGCUUCUCCACGCCGCUGGCCCAGUUCCGGGAGGACAUCACGUGGAGGCGGCCCCAGGGUCCAUGGGUCCUAUGAGCACCUAUGGGCAGGGCAGGUGGCAGAUGCCCUGGUGGACCUAACCGGUGGCCUGGCAGAAAGAUGGAACCUGAAGAACUUGGCAAGCAGCAGAAGCCAACAGGAUGGGUCUGGCGGCUCAGAACCCAAGACUUGUUGGCAGCUGCUCAGCCUCAAGGAGCGGUGUCUGAUCAGCUGCUCAGUGUUCAACCCCAAGGCAGGGACAGUCCAGGAGUUUCUUCUCUUUGCGUUGGACCACCACCCCUCCUCUCCAGGUGCCAGGGAGCUGGGGGAGUUUCACGCCUUCAUCAUCUCGGACCUGCGUGAGCUCCGGGGUCAGGCUGGUCAGAGUAUCUUGCUGCUUCGCAUUCAGAACCCCUGGGGCCGGCGUUGUUGGCAGGGGCCCUGGAGAGAGGGGGGUGAAGGGUGGACCCAGGUGGACCCAGUGGACUCGGCGGAGCUGCUGUCCCAGCUCCAGGAAGGGGAGUUCUGGGUGGAUGAGGAGGAGUUUCUCCGUGAAUUUGACGAGGUCACCAUUGGCUACCCGGUCACGGAGGCUGGCCACCUGCAGAGCCUCUACUCAGAGAAGGUGCUCAGCCACACUCAGGAGCUGCCGGGGGCCUGGGUCCUGGGGCAGUCCGCAGGAGGCUGCCGGAACAACAGCGGCUUUCCCAGCAACCCCAAGUUCUGGCUGCGGGUCUCAGAACCGAGUGAGGUGUACAUUGCUGUCCUGCAGAGGCCCAGGAUGCGCACGGUGGACUGGGCUGGCCGGGCCCAGGCACCAGUGGGGGACAGCCGCGCGGUGUGGAGCCCGGCGAGCAUCCUAGGCAAGGACUACCCUGCCGUGGGUCUGCAUCUCUGGAAGGUGGAGAAGCGGCGGGUCAGCCUGCCCAGGAUCCUGUCCACACCCCCUGUGGCUGGCACUGUGUGCCAUGCUUACGACCGUGAGGUCCAUCUCCGCUGUGAGCUCACCCCCGGCUACUACCUGGCCGUCCCCAGCACCUUCUUAAAGAAUGUGCCAGGACAGUUCUUGCUCCGGGUCUUCUCCAGCGGGAGAGUCUCCCUCAGUGCCAUCAAGACAGUGGUCCAGAGCCCUGGCCCUGGGGAGACCCUGUUGGCGGGGGAGUGGGAGACUGUGCAGCUGCAGGGCUCCUGGAAGAUUGGCCAGACGGCCGGGGGCAGCCGGAAUUUUGCCUCCUACUCCAGCAACCCCUGCUUCCCCCUCACGAUACCUGAGGGUGCAGGCCCCCGCUGCGUCCGGAUCACUCUGCACCAGCACUGCCUAGACAGCGACUGCCACCCCAUCGGCUUCCAUGUUUUCCAGAAUGGCUGUGAGCCCAGAGGAGUCCAGAAGGAGGUGCUGCCAGUUCCGGCGGACAAUGGGGGCCAGGGCACGCCCUCCCUGCUGCUCCAGAAGCCUCUGCUGAGCUGUGUGCCACAUUGCUACACCCAGGAAGUGAGCCGCGUCUGCCACCUGUCUGCAGGGACCUACAGGAUUGUGCCCUCCACCUACCUGCCAGACACAGAGGGGGCCUUCACAGUGACCAUCGCAACCAGAAUAGACAGGCGCUCCAUUCACAGCCAGGAAAUGCUGGGGCAGCUCCUCCAAGAGGCCUCCUUCAUGGCAGUGAUGAAGACCUAACUGGAUAACCCCACUGGAGUCCUCAGAGGCCUCCCUUGGCCCAUGAUGUCCUCACACAGCAUCCUUGCACGGUGCCACCAGCCUCGGUGCUGUAGCUGCCAGUCCUGCACUGAGCAGCCGCAUGUGCCUGUGGCACUAGGUGAAGGUUCCUCAUCCUGGAGAGAGGCAGCCCCAGGGUCAGGCAGGUGCUGCAGGGAGAGCAAGAAAGGCCCAACGCGAGUGUCCUGGUCCCCAAGCCAUGACAACAGCUCCGUGGAGUCCCUCGGGGCUCCAGAGAGGCCUCAGCUGACAGACGAGUGUGUCAGCACACAGCUGUUUGCAGCACUUCUGGAUGUAACUUUAUAAAUAAAGAGGAAUACUGAGCAGUU